GUUGAGCUAGCUAGCUUAUUAGCUCGGCCACUUGUUCUUCCUCGUCCUCCAUUUUUUUUUUGGCAGCUGUGUCUACGUCCAUAUGUGUCCCCAUAUGUUCAUACAUCAAGUGGCCACUUUCGCCUCUUCUUAGUUUUCAUCUCAGUGGUGCCCUGGCACGGAUCUAGAGUAAGAAGAGAGAGCCGAGGCUGAGAGGGUUUGGGAGGGAUCGAUGGAGAUGGGUGCGAAGAAGAAGAGCAGGAGCAGCGAUACUGCAACGGCAGGUAAGAGAAGCAGCACGAGCAACAACAGCAGCGGCGGCGGCGCAACGACGCCGGCGGUGGAGAGGAAGGAGAUCGAGAGGAAGAGGCGGCAGCAGAUGAAGAGCCUCUGCGUCAAGCUCGCCUCCCUCAUCCCCAAAGAAGAAUACUCCAGGGACGCUAUGACCCAGCUGGGUAGCUUGGACGAAGCGGCGGCGUACAUCAAGAAGCUCAAGGAAAGGGUGGACGAGCUGCAGCAGAAGAGGAGCUCUGCGCAGCUCAUGGCCGCUGCCACGAGCGGAGGAGUAGGAGGUAGCGCCGCCUCGACAUCGGCGGCGAGCGGCAGCGCGAGGUCGGAAGGAGCCGCCGCCGAGGAGGCCGCGGAGGCACCGUUGGUGGAGGUUGUCCACCACCAAGACGACUCGAGCCUGGACGUUGUGCUUAUCAGCAGCGUGGAGCGGCCGUUCAAGCUGCACGAGGUGGUCACCGUGCUGGAGGAAGAAGGCGCCGAGAUCAUCAACGCUAAUCUCUCCGUCACCGGCCGCAAAAUCUUUCACACCAUCCACUGCCGGGCCUUUAGCCCAAGAAUCGGCAUAGAGGUUUCAAGAGUUUCUGAAAGACUAAGAGCAUUGGAAACGAAGGGAGUAGGCGUGUGUGAUAUGUCUUAUCCAACCGAUCGAUCGCACGCACACAGUGCGACUGUGCAAGGCCGGGAUUCUUCAGGUACACGGUCCAUGGUGUGGGUGUGCAUGCGCUGCUGACUGGCUGACAGCUAGCGCACUCCAGCUAUGAUUAAUGCGAGACACGAGACGGUGACGGUACUGUAGCCGUCAGCGGGCGAUACGAUUCAUGGCGCCCCACCUUCUGUCGGAUCAUCGAUCAGACCACCGCCGCCGCACAACACAACCGGCUAGUACUGUACCACGUGCGCAUGCUCUUCCACUCCUCGCGGAUCCUUCUCGAUUCGCCGCUUCGGAGUAGCCUACCGUAUGGUUUUCAGUA